CCCAUUGUCAGUUGCCAGUCAGUUUUCCCGCGGGCUGCUUCGAAGGGGCGCAAUCUCUUCCCAACAAUGUCUGCUUUUCACCGCCGCAAGGGCUCCCCCGGGGAGGACGACCUCGAGGCCGGUGGUCGCGAAGACCACUCCGGCAGCACGGUCGCCCCCCCGGAGCAGGAGCUGCCCGAGUACGCCGCCCUGGAGCGAUACAUCAGCACCUACCGCGAGGGUUCGCGCAUGGGCGACGACGACGACUCCAAGAAGCGUCGCCCCAAGUGGUGGCAGUUCUGGAAGUCAUCGGGCCCGGAUGUUGUCGAUGCCCAGCCGGCCAAGAGGGUCGUGCCUGAGGCCUGGCUCGAGACGGACAUUCGCACCGGUAUCCGCAUCAACGAGGUUGAUGAGCGCCGCUCAUGGGCUGGCUGGAACGAGCUGAGCUCCGAGAAGGAGAACAUGUUUGCCAAGUUCCUGGGUUUCUUCACUGGUCCUAUUCUUUAUGUCAUGGAAGUCGCUGCUCUGCUGGCUGUCGGUUUGGGUGACUGGAUCGAUUUCGGUGUCAUCUGCGGUAUCCUGCUGCUCAACGCCUUCGUCGCCUUCUACCAGGAAAAGUCUGCCGCCGAUAUCGUCGCCUCGCUCAAGGGCAACAUUGCCAUGCGCUGUACCGUUGUUCGUGACGGCCAGGAGCAGAACAUCCUGGCCCGUGAGCUGGUUCCCGGUGAUAUUCUCAUUGUCCAAGAAGGUGACACCGUCGCCGCCGACGUUCUCCUCAUCUGCGACUACACCCGCCCCGAGGACUUCGAGGUCUUCAAGCAGCUCCGUGCUGAGGGCAAGCUGGGUAGCAGCGACGACGAGCCCGAGGACGAGGAUGAGAAGAACCAGGAGAGCCCUCUGGCCAACCACCGCUCCACUCCCCUCGUCGCCGUCGACCAGUCUGCCAUCACUGGUGAAUCCCUCGCUGUCGACAAGUACAUCGGAGACACUGCCUACUACACCACCGGCUGCAAGCGCGGAAAGGCUUACGCUGUCGUUACCGCUACCGCCAAGGACUCUUUCGUCGGUAAGACGGCUGAUCUCGUCCAGGGCGCCAAGGACCAGGGUCACUUCAAGGCUGUCAUGAACAACAUCGGUACCACCCUGCUGGUUCUCGUCAUGUUCUGGAUUCUCAUUGCCUGGAUCGGCGGCUUCUUCCACCACCUCAAGAUCGCCAAGCCCGGCUCCCAGAACCUGCUUCACUAUGCCCUUGUCCUGCUCAUCGUCGGUGUCCCUGUCGGUCUGCCCGUCGUCACCACCACCACCCUCGCUGUCGGCGCUGCCUACCUCGCCAAGCAGAAGGCCAUUGUCCAGAAGCUCACUGCCAUCGAGUCGCUUGCCGGUGUCGAUAUCCUGUGCUCUGACAAGACCGGUACCCUCACUGCCAACAAGCUGUCCAUCCGCGACCCCUUCGUCUGCGAGGGCCAGGACGUCAACUGGAUGAUGGCUGUUGCCGCUCUUGCCUCUUCCCACAACCUCAAGACUCUCGACCCCAUCGACAAGGUCACCAUCCUGACCCUCAAGCGCUACCCCAAGGCUCGUGAGAUCCUUCAGCAGGGCUGGGUUACCGAGAAGUUCACUCCCUUCGACCCCGUCUCCAAGCGUAUCACCGCUGAGUGCCGUCUCGGCAAGGACAAGUUCGUCUGCGCCAAGGGUGCCCCCAAGGCUAUCCUCAAGCUCGCCAACCCCCCUGAGGAGCUCGCCUCCGUCUACCGUGAGAAGGAUCGUGAGUUCGCCCGCCGUGGUUUCCGAUCUCUCGGUGUCGCCUACAAGAAGAACGACGAGGAGUGGGUCCUGCUCGGUCUCCUGUCCAUGUUCGACCCCCCUCGUGAGGACACCGCCCAGACCAUCCUUGAGGCUGCCCAGCUCGGUGUUCCCGUCAAGAUGCUCACUGGUGACGCCAUUGCCAUCGCCAAGGAGACUUGCAAGAUGCUGGCUCUCGGUACCAAGGUCUACAACUCUGAGAAGCUCAUCCACGGUGGUCUUGCCGGCAGCGUCCAGCACGACUUCGUUGAGCGUGCCGAUGGUUUCGCUGAGGUCUUCCCCGAGCACAAGUACCGUGUCGUCGAGAUGCUCCAGCAGCGUGGCCACCUUACUGCCAUGACUGGUGACGGUGUCAACGACGCUCCCUCUCUGAAGAAGGCUGACUGCGGUAUUGCCGUCGAGGGUUCCACCGAGGCUGCCCAGGCUGCCGCCGAUAUCGUCUUCCUUGCCCCCGGUCUCUCCACCAUCGUCCUGGCCAUCAAGACCUCUCGCCAGAUCUUCCAGCGCAUGAAGGCCUACGUCCAGUACCGUAUCGCCCUGUGUCUGCAUCUCGAGAUCUACCUGACUCUGUCCAUGAUCAUCAUAAACGAGACCAUCCGUGUCGACCUCAUCGUCUUCCUCGCCCUGUUCGCUGAUUUGGCCACCGUCGCUGUCGCCUACGACAACGCCCACUACGAGCCUCGCCCCGUCGAGUGGCAGCUGCCCAAGAUCUGGCUGAUCUCCGUCGUCCUCGGUGUCUUGCUCGCCCUCGGAACCUGGGUCCUUCGUGGAACCAUGUACCUCCCCAACGGUGGCAUCAUCCAGAACUUCGGCUCUGUCCAGGAGAUCCUCUUCCUUGAGGUCGCCCUCACUGAGAACUGGCUCAUCUUCGUUACCCGUGGUGGCCGCACCUGGCCCUCGUGGCAGCUGGUCGGUGCCAUCUUCGGUGUCGAUGUCAUGGCUACUCUCUUCUGUCUCUUCGGCUGGCUGUCUGGUGCCCCUGAGAUCGACAACCCCGUCGACCUGGCCACUCAGCGCCACGACGGCUGGACCGACAUCGUCACCGUUGUCAUCGUCUGGCUGUACUCCUUCGGUGUCACCAUCGUCAUCGCCAUUGUCUACUUCAUCCUCAACCAGAUCCCUGCGCUCAACGACCUUGGCCGCAAGGACCGCAAGAAGAAGGACACCAUUGUCGAGAACGUCAUCACCGCUCUCCAGAAGCUCGCCAUUGAGCACGAGAGAGAUGACAUCAAGGGCGUGGACCGAUACCUCCUCGCUGACAAGACCAUUGACGAGGAGGAUGAGUAA